GUGAAAGGAGUCUGUGUCAUCUCUUGGUGUUUUUAUGCAGUUUUUGUCGAUUAUUGACUUUUUGCAUUGAAUAAUUGUGAUUCUAGUGAGUGUGUUGACUAAUAAUCUUUCGAGGUAACCGUCGACGCGUACGGUCGUCGCGAUGCUGCUCGUCUUCGGGCUAGUCCCUCCUCUCCUCCUCCUCUUCCUCACGUCGGCCAAAGCCGACGACGACACCUCCACCACCACAUCCGGUCCGGUCUUCCUCCGCGAACCCCCCAAUCGCAUCGACUUCUCCAACACCACCGGCGCCGUGGUGGAAUGCUCGGCCAGAGGCAGCCCCCAGCCCGACCUGAUUUGGGUCCGAUCGGACGGCACGGCCGUGGGAGACGUACCCGGUUUGCGGCAGGUGUUGGCCAAUGGGAAUCUGGUGUUUCCGCCGUUCCGAGCAGAGGAUUAUAGGCAGGAGGUGCACGCGCAAGUGUACGCUUGUCUGGCGAAGAACGGGGAGGGGGAGAUUCGGUCGCGAGAUGUCAACGUGAGAGCAGUGGUCCAACAAUUCUAUCAAACGGAGGUGAACAACGAGUACGUCAUCCGUGGAAACGCGGCCGUGUUGAAAUGUUCCAUACCGUCAUUCGUCGCUGAUUUCGUCUUGGUGGUGGAGUGGAGCGAUAGCGAAGGCAACCGAUUCGUCCCGAACUCUCACGACUACGACAGCAAAUACUUGGUCCUUCCUUCCGGCGAACUGCACAUCAAGGACGUCGGACCUGAGGAUGGAUACAAGUCGUAUCAAUGCAGGACGAAACACAGGCUCACCGGAGAGACCAGACUGAGCGCUACCAAAGGCAGAUUGGUGAUAACUGAACCUACGAAUAAUGUGCCACCGAAAAAAGAUGGCGAAAAGUUUACUGGUUGGAAAGACCUACUAAUUCGUGAAAGCAAAACUGCAUGGCUCACUUGUCAAGUCACUGGCUAUCCCGUACCUAUUUACAUAUGGUACAAAUUCACCGAAACCACCAAUCGCAAACAGGCCGUGGUGCUAAACGACAGGGUGAAACAAGUGGCUGGCACUCUCAUAAUUCGCGAAGCCAAAGUGGAGGAUUCAGGAAAGUACCUUUGCGUCGUCAACAAUUCCGUGGGCGGGGAAAGCGUCGAGACGGUUUUGACAGUGACAGCGCCUCUGAAAGCGAAGAUCGAGCCGGCAGUGCAGACAGUGGAUUUUGGAAGACCGGCGGUUUUCACCUGUAAAUUCGAAGGUAACCCGAUUAAAACGAUCAGCUGGCUGAAAGACGGCCACCCGAUGGACCAUUCGGACGCCGUCCUGCGCAUCGACACCGUCCGCAAAGAGGACAAGGGCAUGUACCAGUGCUUCGUGCGCAACGAUCAAGAGAGCGCUGAAGCCACCGGCGAACUCAAAUUGGGAGGCAGGUUCGAGCCGCCUCAAGUGAGGCAUGCCUUCAACGAGGAGACGGUUCAGCCUGGCAAUUCAGUGUUCAUGAAGUGCAUCGCUUCUGGUAAUCCAACACCGGAGAUUGGCUGGGAAUUGUACGGCAGAAGGUUGGCUAACAAUGACGUGUAUCAGAUCGGGCAGUAUGUUACUGUCAACGGGGAUGUCGUGUCGCAUUUGAAUAUCAGUGCUAUUCAUACUAAUGACGGGGGAUUGUACAGGUGCAUCGCUAGCAGCAAAGUGGGCUCGGCCGAUCAUUCUGCCAGAAUAAACGUGUACGGCUUGCCGUUUGUUAGGUCGAUGGAAAAACAGGCGAUAGUGGCUGGUGGCACUCUAGUGGUACAUUGCCCUUUCGCCGGACAUCCCGUAGAGGCUGUGGUUUGGGAAAGAGACGGAAGACAGUUGCCGAUCAACAGGAAGCAGAAAGUCUUUCCGAACGGCACUUUGAUCAUCGAAAAUGUUGAACGCACUUCGGAUCAAGCGACUUACGUGUGUGUGGCGAAAAAUUCUCAAGGUUAUAGCGCUAGAGGUUCUCUGGAAGUUCAAGUCAUGGUUGUUCCUCAGAUAACACCGUUUGACUUCGGGGAAGAUUCCAUCAACACUGGAGAUUCGACUUCUUUGCUUUGUUCCCUUCACAAAGGAGAUUCGCCAAUCAACAUUACUUGGUUGCAUAAUAACGGAACAAUAGGUUACGGUCGUGGAAUAUCCGUUUUCAAGAAUGGCAACAAAAUGAGUUCACUCAGUAUAGAGACAGUUGGAGCAGAUCAUUCAGGAACAUAUACUUGCUUUGCUGAGAACAAAGCUGGUUCUACCAGCUAUUCAGCCUUGCUCAAUGUGAACGUGCCUCCAAGGUGGAUCUUGGAACCUACAGAUAAAGCAUUCGCUCAAGGUUCUGAUGCAGUAGUCGAAUGCAAAGCCGAUGGUUUCCCCAAGCCUGUUGUUACAUGGAAAAGGGCAACUGGGGUUUCACCUGGCGACUAUAAAGAUUUCAAACCGAACAAUCCUGACAUCAAAGUCGAGGAUGGUACACUAAUGAUUAACAAUAUACAAAAAACUAAUGAAGGUUACUAUCUAUGCGAAGCAGUGAACGGUAUUGGUUCUGGAUUGUCAGCUGUCAUUCUCAUCAGCGUUCAAGCGCCUCCACAAUUUGAUGUGAAAUAUCGAAACCAAACCUCGAGAAGAGGUGAUCCGGCAGUCUUGCAGUGCGAAGCCAAGGGUGAAAAACCGAUUGGAAUCAUUUGGAACAUCAAUAAUAAACGUCUGGAACCGAAAGGAGAUAACAGAUACACCAUCCGAGAGCAAAUUCUGCCCAACGGCGUCCUCUCCGAUCUCAGCAUCAAGCGAACGGAGCGCAGCGAUUCCGCCACGUUCAGUUGCGUGGCAACAAACGCCUUCGGCAGUGACGACACCAACAUCAACAUGAUCGUGCAGGAAGUACCGGAAGUACCCUACGGCUUGAAAGUAUUGGACAAAUCCGGUAAAACGGUGCAAUUGUCUUGGGUGUCGCCGUAUGAUGGAAAUUCGCCCAUCAAGAAGUUCAUUAUCGAGUAUAAACCGAGCAAGGGUAGUUGGGACAAGAAUUCCGAGCGGGUUUUGAUACCGGGAGAUCAGACUGAGGCGGGGAUUUUCACUUUGCGGCCUGCUACUACGUACCACAUCCGGAUCAUUGCAGAGAACGACAUAGGAUCCAGCGAUCCUUCUGAUACAGUAACUAUCAUAACUGCGGAAGAAGUACCGAGUGGACCUCCCACUAACAUCAGAGUGGAAGCGGAGGAUCAACAUUCGCUGAUCGUUUAUUGGAAGCCGCCAUUGAGAGAGCAGUGGAACGGUGACAUUCAAGGUUACUACGUUGGAUACCGGUUGGCCAAUAGCGAUAAGCCGUAUCUCUUCGAAACUGUCGAGUUUCAGAGGGACGAAGAGGGCAAAGAACAUCACUUGAAGAUUUCCAACCUGAAAACGUACACGCAAUACUCGGUCGUGGUGCAAGCGUUCAACAAAGUGGGCGCCGGUCCCACCUCCGAGGACUUCAAGGCCAAUACGGCUGAGGGGGUGCCCGAACAACCCCCCGAGAAGGCCACCUGCACCACCCUCACCGCCCAAACGAUAAGGGUGUCUUGGGUGUCGCCCCCAUUGACCAGCGCCAACGGGGUCAUCAAGGGCUACAAGGUCAUCUACGGCCCCUCCGAUACGUGGUUCGAUGAAAACACUAAGGACACCAAGAUAACCGCUUCGAGCGAGACCAUCUUGCAUGGUCUCAAAAAGUACACGAACUACAGCAUGGAAGUUUUGGCAUAUACCUCUGGCGGCGAUGGCGUCCGAACUACCCCCAUCCACUGUCAAACUGAACAAGACGUUCCCGAGGCUCCCACCGCCUUGAAAGCCCUCGUCAUGUCGGCCGAAUCGAUUCUGGUCAGCUGGAAACCCCCUACAGAGCCCAACGGCAUCGUCGAGUAUUACAUGGUGCACUACAAGGCGACCGGCCAAGACGACAAGGAGAAGCCCAAGUCGCAGAAGAUCGUGCCGAAUCUCAAAAAUCAGAACUUGAGCUACCAGGCGAAGAAUCUCGACAGCAAUUUGAAGUACGAGUUUUGGGUGACGGCCGCCACUACCAUCGGCGAGGGGCAGUCUUCGAAGAAGGUUACGGUCUCGCCCAGUGCCAGCGUCCCCGCGAAAACGGCCUCUUUCGACGACACCUUCACCACAACUUACAAGGAGGACGUGACGUUGCCUUGCCUGGCCGUAGGGGUGCCUACACCUGUCAUCACGUGGACCAUCAAGGGGGUGAAGUUUUCCACGAAUUCCAACGACAGAAUCCGGCAACAUCCCGACGGGUCUUUGUUUAUCAGGGAUAUCACGCGAACCGAUGCCGGGGAAUAUUCUUGCAGAGUGGAGAACGACUACGGUCAAGACUCGGUCACUCAUCGCUUGAUCGUCAAUGCUCCCCCUCAUGCCCCCGUCGUCCAAUUAACGUCCACCACCACCGAUUCGCUAACAAUCAAGAUGCGGCCGCACGAAACCGACUUGGAACCCAUCCAUGGAUACACCGUUCAUUACAAACCGGAGUUCGGCGAUUGGGAAACGGCCCAAGUCGGUCCCAGCAUCGAGAAUUACAACAUCGAUGGUUUGUUGUGCGGUACUCGGUACCAGCUGUACGUCACGUCUUACAACAGUAUCGGUACCGGAGAUCCGUCUGAUAACAUCACCCCGAAAACCAGAGGCGAAAAACCGAUCAUACCGAGCGCAGACAAAUUCAUCGAAGUGUCAUCCAACAGCAUCACCCUCCACCUCAGCGCCUGGUCUGAUGGCGGUUGCCCCAUGUUGUAUUUCGUCAUCGAACAGAAAAAAAAGAGCAGCACCGAAUGGAUCCAGGUAUCGAACAACGUGAAACCCGGUCAGAAUUUUGUGUUACUCGAUCUGGAUCCGGCCCAAUGGUACCAUCUGAGAGUGACGGCCCACAACAAUGCCGGUUUCAACGUGGCCGAAUACGAAUUCGCCACCCUGACGGUAACCGGAGGUACUAUUGCCCCGGCGCGCGAAAUCCCCAAAGAGGACACCAUCCAAAUAAUCCUCGCGAACCUUAACCUUGUAGUUCCCGUAGUGGCUGCCAUCCUGGUCAUUAUUGUCGCCAUAAUCGUGAUCUGUGUGUUGCGCGGCAAAGGAAACUAUAACAAAGACGACGUCGUCUACAACCAGUCCUGCAACGCGGUAUCUACAUUGGACAAACGCAGACCCGACUUGCGCGACGAGUUAGGGUACAUAGCGCCGCCCAACAGGAAAUUGCCUCCGGUGCCAGGUUCCAACUACAACACUUGCGACAGGAUCAAGCGAGGUACAAUAAGAGCACAUUACCGUUCUCACUCGACUUGGGACCCGAGAAGGCAUUUGUACGAGGAACUGAGAAGUAGGAGAGGCUCGAAUGAGACCGUUCAUACUCACAGAGGCGGCAUGGACGACGAGAUAUGCCCGUACGCCACCUUCCAUCUGUUGGGCUUCCGCGAAGAAAUGGACCCCUCCAAAGCGAUGCAGUUCCAGACGUUCCCGCACCCGCAUUCUGGCACGAUGGGUCCCUCUGGCAUCACCACACCUCACGGGAUACAUUCGAGGAACGGAUCACAAUCGAUGCCCAGGCAGAACAGGAACCGGUACGACAGAGUCGGAUCGCAAGGAAACGGUAGUAUCUACUCCCCUGGCCCGGAAUACGAUGACCCAGCUAACUGCGCCCCGGAAGACGAGCAGUACGGCUCGCAGUACGGUGGUUACGGCGCCCCCUACGAUCAAUACGGCAGUCGCGGCUCCAUAGGCAGAAGAUCGUUGGGGUCGAUGCGCGUCCAGCCGCCAUUGGCCAACGGGAAUGGCAGUCCGGAACCACCGCCGCCGCCUCCAAGGAACCACGAUCCCGCCUCUUUCAACGAUUCCAAGGACAGCAACGAGAUCUCCGAGGCCGAAUGCGACAGGGAUCAUUUGAUUAACAGCAGGACUUAUGGGGUAUUGAGAGGUAACUCAAAGGAUGGUAUGACCCACGAAGAAAUGCGAAAAUUGAUCGAGAGAAACGAAACAGGGAAAGCCAGCUCCACAAACGGGGGAAUCACAGCCUACGAUACUAUGGCAGUGUAAUUUGUAAGAAGAUACGAGAAAAAUAAUCGAGACAGUUUCUGGACAGCGACAGCGAACACCUUCAGCAACACACCGAGCUGUUCACUUUUCACUACCAGAAGGUAGGACCAUUUCGCUGAUCCCACAUACUCUGUAUACGCUGAAUACUCACUCGAUAUUAUUUGAGACUGAAUCUUUUCUUCACAUGUUGACUUUUUUCCAUUCAAUUCAUCUGCUUCGUUCAAAGUUUUUGAAAUUGACGUGAGUACUCAGUGUGAAUGUUUUUUUUUUCUUUCUUUUUGACUACGAUAAUGAGUGCAUUUCAAAAUAAUCGAUCCUCUCCAAAUAUCGAUGAAGUUUGCUGAUCAAUAACUUUGUUAAUGGACCGGGAAAGUUGUGUCGUCACAAGGUAAAUUAUUUGCCGAUAGGUACGUUUUCAAAACAAACAGCUGUCACUAUUGAUCAUUUGCCAGUCAAGUGUGAAACUUUCUGAUGAAAGUAUUUUGUGAUGUGCAUCAAAAUUAUAUUGACAUUUUUUUGAUUCCUGUAGAUCAGGCAUCAAUUCAUCCUGACCUGAAUGUUACGAAGGAAGUGGAACCAAACUCCAGGAAACAAAAAAUAAUUGGAGAAGUUCUAUGGCUAGAACGUUAUUCACUGUGUGUCCAGACUCAAAACUCUAAAAAAUUUCACAAUCCUCACCAAUUUGAGUCGACGGCAACCUGAUAAAUCAGUCAAUUUGAUUAUGUAGGAAACAACUGUAGGCAAAAUUCGACAUAAAUUAUUUAAUUACAAACAAUCUGAUCAAGCAAAUAGAAAACAGAAGCUAAUUAGCUUACGACCCACUCUCGUUUCCCUUAGUAGAAAGCUCCACGACAGCUAUCAGAUGAUCCGGUUCGAAGGACCAUGUAGGAUUUUGAUACAGCUAAGAGCAAUAUUCGUUUUACAUUGUUACAUUCUCACUACUGAGAUCAAUUGAGUUAGGAGGAGGUGAGACGGAUCUGAGUUGUCGAUCGAAUAAAAAGAACACGUUUUUAUCUGUCAGGAAGGGCAAUGGAAGAAAACAUAACCCAACAUAAUUCAACCAAAAUAUAGCAUAAUAACAGUCAAUAAUUACUAGACACAAUACUCACUAAUUUUAUAGAUUAUUUUUUUUAAGGAUUUAACCUGUGGACUGAAACUUCAGAGCUGAAAGCUUGUCAAAAUGGAAAUAUAACCUCACAAUUUUCAGCACAGAACCACAGAAUUACUAGAAUCAAUCCAGUCUCACCUUUUUCUCACUACAACACUAGAUGAAUAGCAAGCUCAGUUGGGGUGAGGGGGAAGAAAUAGUCUCAAGAAGUUCUUAAGACCACUCACAUCAGACUAAGAUAAUUGAAACAUGAAAACAACUGAGCUAUUGAGCUGCACUGAGAAUCUUGGUUAAUCUCAGUCAAAGUUGGUAAAAAGACUAUUAUUUUUUUUAAAUUUUAGUUUGACAUUGAAGGUUCUUCAUUAAUUUCUCAAUUGUAUAAUAAAACACAAUGGUAUUCGACAUUACCAACUGUGUAUAAAGCGUGAACAAUGAUAGUUAUAAAAUUAUACUAAUACUAUAUUAAAUAGUAAGAAACUCAAGAGUGAACUGAUGGAAUCUCCAACUAACCUUUCUGAGAGUUGAUCAGCUGAUAAUCGAAGGCACCUCACGCGGUGUUAAAGCUGUCAAAUAAUGACGUGUCAUGAAAAAACUUCAAUCUUGUGUAGACAGCGUCGAUUACUAUUUUGUUAAUCGGUUGUAGAAAAAAUUGUUGACAAGCAAACUUCAUCGACAUUUCGAGUGGAUCCGAUUAUUUUGCUGGUGAAUGUAUUUAUUUUAAUUGCUUACCGUUUUGUUGGGGGCUACCUACCAAAGCCGCUAUUACGAAUACGUACACAUUUUGCCCAAGUUUUUUCGGCGAUAUCUUCUGUGUAUACGGACCGAGAUACACGCGGUCCGCAUUUUUUUGUUUCGUUGUACAGUGGCUCAAUGUGUCAUGUGAUAUUUUGUGGUUUGUGAAUGAUUAUUUGGGUUAUAAAUUAAUUAGGUCAGGGCGUUUUGUUUUUGUUUACAUUAUGAUAUUUUUUCGAUUACUGUUUUAGUCGGCAGACGGGUGCAAAAAUGAACCGUUAUACACACGAAGGAUUUUUUAAGGCACAUAGUCACUUUGCGUUGGUCAUAUCAGACUUUGUUGUCUAAAGAUGAUUGCAUGAAGUGCUUAGACGCUCAAAAUGGCUAAAUGUUCUUCAUCUUGAAUUGUUUAAUUUACUGUAUGAAUAAAAUUGCUCAUCAACAGGAGAAAAACGAACUCGAAAGUCGGUCGACCACAAUAUUUAAUAUAAAAAAUAAUCAGUGUGUGACUAUAGUUUCGGCUCGACGGCUAUCUUCAGACACAAUGAAAAAGUACCUAGAAAGUUACAAGUAGUACAGAUGUAAAACAAAAUGGUGGCUUAGAAAGAGUUGACAUACAACAUGUAGAAAACAAUAAAAAAGUCAUAUGAUUAUCAGGUCUUUAUGAGAAAUGAUCAAUCCAGCCUCACAUUCAACAAAUUUUGUAACGUCUGAAAAGCCAAAAGAACAUUACUAUAAGUAAGUUCAGCAUCAGGAAGCUCAAUUGAGUAGAUUUACAAAUCCUGUUUACAAAUCCUGAUGCUUAACUUACUCAUAGUAAUGUUCUUUUGGCUUUUCAGCCGUUACAAAAUUUGUUGAAUGUGAGGCUGGAUUGAUCAUUGCUUAUAACGACCUGAUAAUUAUAUAAAUUUUUUAUUGUUAAGAUGUUUUGUACAUAACAGGUAUGUCAACUCUUUCUCAGCUACUAUUUUGUUUUACAUCUGUACUACUUGUUACUUUCUAGGUACUUUUUCAUUGUCUGAAGAUAGCCGUAGAGCCGAAACUAUAGUCACACACUGAUUAUUUUUUAUAUUGAAUAUUUUGGUCGACCGACUUUGAGUUCGUUUUUCUCCUGUCGAAAAAUACUGGACCACUUUGAGAAGGGAUGCCAUGACUCGAAAUAGUUCAUGUUUGAACAUGAACUGUUCUUGCCUCCAUACAUGCAGUAAAAUAUCUCAACCUCGAUCUCAACUACCUCUACAGGCAGACGCAUAAGUAACCCAAUACUCAUAAUUAUUGGUAUACAGGUGAAAAUGCUACUGCUGAAACAAAUACUAUUUUUUCCUAAGUCCGUCUAGUUCCGAGAUAUUCGGCGCUUUAGAGGAACAACUGAAUGAAAUUAUUAGUUGAUUACUUCUCAACUGUCAUUCCAAUUCGAAUGCAAUAUCAGUCAAAUGAAAACUGGACUAGUAUGUAAAAGAUUUACUUUUUGAUGUUGUUCAGACUUCUCUAGAAGUGAGCUUGUGCGGACUAUCCAUAUAUAACUCGUGAAUCCACAUCGUUAAAAAGUUCUAGUCACGCCAUCAGAAGCUCCGAAAAUUUUGUACCAAAAGGGUACCACACCCAAUCUUCUCUCUUUAGUUUGCCACUAUACCUAGUUAGUCAGAACUUUGUCAUGCGAAAAUGAAAAUUACUGAUUCAUUAGUUAUAGGGGCAACCAUAAGAGUGUGUUUUGUUUGAGGUUGUUGUGAUCGUCGCGAAGAAACGAUCUGAAGUAUCCAAUUAUGUCCUUUCAUAUUUUGAUGGAGGCAAUUUUGUCGUGUCUCCAUAUCAGCUGAAUCGAUUUUUAUGGAGAACGUUUGACAACAGUAACAUUUUGAUACAAAAAUAUCUUCUAGGUUUGACUCAAUAUUCUCAGAAUUUCAGCGUUAAAAUAGUUAUUUAUGUAUCAAGGGCGUAAAGUAGGCUUUUAUGGACCGCAACGUGUAAGCGCCGGGGUCCAUUAAAGCAAGUUACGCCCGAAAUACAUACAACAUUUUAUGCACGACCAUUUUAGACAUUUAUGAACUGUUAAUAUGAAAUGUAUUGAUGAUUUCAUUUGCCCAAAUUAUGUAUGCUACUGGCGAUUGAUACUCAAAUGAUAGUGAUAUUUUAUUGCAUAUCUAAAGAGUGAUUUUUGCUGAUUUCAAAAAUAUACUGAGUGAAUCGAAGGAAUAUAACUUGAGAUUAGUUAAAAAUUUGUAAUUUUUUUUAAUAGUAGAAUCAAAAUCUUAGCAGGUGUCAUCAAACUUCAAUAUAUUUAUUGCUCUUUUUCUAAAUCGAAAUCGACUUUUCGACUUUUUUCAAAGUUUCCUACAUUUGUAUAGGGUGUUCCAUAAAAAAAGACAUUGAUGCGAUAUUUAGAGCAACAGACAUUGGCCGUAAUUUUCGAAAUAAAAAUCUAACGACUAGUUCUCGAUUAAUACGACCAUUCCAGGACUUCCGUUCAACCCUGUCUGUUUUUUUUUCUGUUAAGCUUCUCAAUUUAUAAGACUGCUUGCUAACGAACUAAAUAAAAUGUUUUGAUCAAGGGGUUAACGGAAAAGUAAAAUAUUCCCAUACAAUAGGAAAUAAGAUGGAGGAUUUUACAAGGUGAACAGAAGAAUUAGAACGAACAAAGAUUUGAUGAAUAUUAGGGUUGUAACGAAAUUGAUAGGAAAUCAAUGGAUACUGUGGCAGUAUCAUGAAUUCUAAAUGAUGAUAUGUUAUUUUUUGAAUUAUUUGAGGUGUUAACGGUUCAUUUUAUAAAAAAAAAUCCGUGUCGCUGUAGACAUUUUGUUGUAUAGGUAGCUUGUUUGAUUUCGCUUAAUUUGAUAGUUCAUUCGUUUUGAAUAGUCGACGAUUGGCGACAAUGGUUUCGUUAUAUUCAUUGUACAAGUGUAUGAAGGUUGUGCGUCGCCAAUUCGUCAUUAUAUAAAACGCUAUUGCGAAAAAAUAUAUAUUAUAAUAUAAUUGUAGCUGUAUAGGGGUGGACGUUCGCAGUACUGACAUGUUCCAGUCCACACGUAGAUACGUUUUUCAUUUCGAUUAAAUUUUUUCGAAACACGAUCGGACUGUCGAACGUUUCGCCCUCAUUUAUUUGUUUUUUUCUCUCUUUCUCUCGUAGGCUGAAAAAUGAAUAUUCCAGUAAUAUCUGUGUCCUCGAAUUAAUGCAUGCAGAAAACAUAUUGUAGAUGUUUAUGAAAAUAAGUAUAUUCAAUGAAGUUUCCAUAGCAAAAUUUCUCGACCUCGAAUAAUGGAUGAUAAUACUCAAAAAACAGGCAGAUAUCGGGAAGCUUGUACCUAUUUAUUUAAGUAAUAAUCCUAAGAUAUCAGUAGUUUUAGUCACGUGUCCUAUAAAAUUUACCAUGGUGGCAUUUUAGACGUCGAAAGAAAUGAAUUAUAAUUCUCAAUAGCUGCUAACGAAUUUUCCAAUCAAUAAUAAUUAUUAUGUUGUUCUUAACAAAGUUAAAGUUCCUAAGUAGUUUGCAGUUUCGUUUUACUCUCGACACAAAAUGGCCGAUUGGUUGUCAUUUUUUUUUUCACACACAUAAACUAGUCAUCUAUCGAAAUGUGCUUAGGAGCCGUAACAGCUUGCAUAAAAGAAGAAGUGACGAUUGAUUAAUGAGUUUUUUGUGAUAAUGGUUUGAAAUGCCAUUUGAUUACUGUAAUAAUUGUAUUGUGAGUGUGCUAUAUUAUAUAACCAUUAGAAAUAAGCGAUGAAAUAUUUAAAAGUAUCUUAUUGUGUAUUUGAUUAUGAAUUUCCGCGAUAUUUGAAUCUUCUCUGUAAUCUAAAAAUACUAAUCCUUUUGUACACAAUUUUUCUCUCAUUCAAUCUUACUGAUUUGGAUUGUGGCAUUUUGGAUGGUAUAUAGUGUGUUUUAUACGAGUUUGCCAUUUUUUUGACACUAAUUUCUGAAUGCUUGUAUACCAAAGUUUUGGUUGAAUAAACUAAGU